AGUUCGCCAGACUUGUAUUGCAGUGACUUUAUUAUUGACACGUGAUUAAUGCAAAAAUUUUAAAGUGUUUUCCAGUUUCCAGUUCAAUCAAUUUAAUCUCUCAGUGAACAUGCAAAGUAGAUUUUGUAAUUCUUCAAUCUGCGUUGUAGAAGACCUCCAGUGCCGCCUGUGCCUGUCCUCGGAGGAGGAUUUGCAACCACUAUUUCCUCCUGGAGCAAACUGCGUUCUAAACGAUCUGCUUAGCCGUAUAUAUGAUUGCUUGAACGUUCAUGUAUCCUUUCUAGAAGAUUUUUGCUCGGUCAUUUGCAAAAAAUGUCGAGAAGAAGUGAAUGCUUUUUAUAACUUCAAAAAACAGUGCCAAACAAACGAUGAUUAUCUUCGCCGUAAACGGCAUAAGGAUGGAGCCGAGUUUGAAAGAAUGCAACCGGAGGACUUUCGUAACCUGAAAGCGGUCCACAACAGCAAUAUGGAUCAAAAAAUCAUUGUCCAAGAACCGGACGAUAACACUUUACUGAAUCAAACAAAAGAAAUGUUUCUUCCGACUAAUUCUAAAACUUCGAAAACGUUAGCCGCAAAUCAAAAAUAUUCUAGUAAACAAAUACAAACCUUUAAUGAAAGUUCUAGUGAUACAUUUUACGGAUGUUCGCUUGACAGUCAUAGACGAUCACCAAGAAUUUUUAUUAACAACUCUAUAAAGGAAGCAUUUGAGCUCCAGUCACCUCCGCCGGCUUCAGAUUCAUUGAAUGAAGUCCAGGAGUGUGGCUUAUCCCUUGAAGUGUUAGAUGUCAAGCUCGAUUUAGAAGAACUUGACGAAGGAGCGAAUGUAUCGAAAUCUUCACUUCAGAAAAAAGAUGUGAAACCUGCAUUGUUUUACGACGGCUUUCAAUACGGAAGACCGAAGAAAAAAGAAAAUGGAUCCACACUUUGGUCAUGUUGUCAGUUGUCAUGUCCGGCCAGGCUGGUAAAGAGUACGGAUGAAAAGAUAACACUAAGCAAGGAAUUGCAUCAGCACCGGCCCCAAGUAGAGCGCGAUGGGACCAUCUACAACAUUACCCAAAAAAGACAUGUUCGUUACACCCUGGCUAGACUAAGUAAACAUCAAAGUUUCAUCUACAAUGAUAGUUAUCGAUACUAUUUAAAACAAAACUUGCCUAAAAACCAAAGCUUGUGGAUUUGCCAACGUUAUGGCUGCAAGGCUAGCGUGAGAGUUUCGAAGAAUUUUCAGCGAAUAGCUUGUACUUCCAGACAUAACCAUCCAGAAGAUAAAAUAGUGUUUAGGAACGAUGAGAAAAAACGCUUUAGUAAGGCAAAACAUAACGGUGCAACUGAAAAAUACCAUUGAACUUUCUCUUCUUCUGAUAAAUCCUUUGAAUUUAAUAUGAAUUUCAUCCUUUCUCUGCAGACGUUUUAGUGACUCGAAUCUACACGUCGCAGAAAUGAUUAUUUUAUGAUAGUUAUGUUAUGAUUUAUUGUUGAAUUCUAAAUACGAAAAAAAACAUUUGUUUAUGAAAUCAAUUGUUCAUUAAUAGCUUUUAAAUAUAAAAAAUAAUAGUGACAAAUUAUAUUGUAAAUU